AUGGAUCGUCACCGAAAGCGGGAACUCCGCAAUUUCAACGAGAAAGCCUGGGCUGGCGAGACUGACAUCUUCCCCGUCAGCAAAAACCUCGAUUCCGCCCUGAAGAAAAACACCGCCUUCAUCAAGCGUCUCCGCACAGGGAUCAAUGCCUCCGCCCAACAGACCUUCCUCGCCGACAUCCGCACCCUAUCGCUCCACAAGUACCUAUCGGAGAUCAUCUCGGCCUGCUACGAGGGGCUCUGCAAGCUCAAGUCGCCCGGCGAGAUCGCCACGGGAGUUGAGAUCGCGAGCGCUCUGCACCAGCGGUUCGGCCCCGGCGAGUUCACGCGCCAGAUCGGAUGGCUGUUGGGCCGUGGCCUGAGCACGCCGGACAAGGGCCAGCUUAAGGCGCUGAGCCAGGAGGUGCGCGAGCGCGAGGAGAAGGAGCGGCUGUCGCGCCACCGGGUGCUGCUGCGCGUCGUCACGGAGCUCUGGCUGGUGGGCGUGCUGCGAAUGCUGGACGAUAUCGAUCGGCCGGAUGAUCUGGGCGCCGCGGCUACCAAGGGCGGCAAGGAUGCUGGUGUGGUGGGCAAGGCGACCGACGGGCCCGUGAAGAGCAAGGCGCCCCCUUCCGCGGCCAACAAGGAUGGUGCCGGCGAGAAGGAGUCCGAGCCGUUCCCUAUGGAAGUCCUCAAGGAUCUUCUGGGUCAUGAUCGCGAGCAUCUGAACUUGCCUCUCGCGGUCUUGUUUGUCAAGAGCUUUAGCUGGGAUGUGCUGGGGACUAAGUUGGUGGAGGAAGGGCGGAAGACCGUCGAGGCGGACGGCGCCACGACAACUACUACCACGAAUGGAGCCUCCGGGGAUGCGGUGAAUGAUGGGGCUGAUGGUGAGGCGGAGGAGAAUGACCCCCCGUUGAUUCCCGAGAAGCUUCAGCUGCGUUUCCGCCAUAUCUUGAACCGGUACUUGGAUGACGUCAAGGCGCAUGUUGUUCGUGAUCAGAGAGCGUUGGCGGCGCAGAGCCGGCGCAAUGCCGAGGCGUACGUGAAGAGUGGUGAGAUCUUUGAGGACCGCCAGGCCAACUUCGAGAAGCAGACCAAGUCGCUGGAAAAGCUGGUUGCCAAUACCCAGGUUCUAUGCGAGGGUCUCGGGGCGGAAAUGCCGGCCUUGGCCGAAAAGGAAACCACCGAUGCGGCAUCGGCUGGUGGAAUCGGGCUGGUCAAGACGACUGAGUACCUGCGUGGUCAGGGUGAAGGUGCUGGCAUCUGGGAAGAUGAAGAGGAGCGGCGCUUCUACGAGAACCUAGUUGACCUCAAAGGCAAGGUGCCGGCCGUGCUCUUGGAGGAUGGCAAGAAGAAGAAGCCCGAGUCUGACGAGGCAGCCAAGAAGAAAGGGGAAGGGGAAGAGGCAGCAACCGCAGAGAAACCUGAGGCUGUUGCCCUGGCCCCAGCAUCGGAGGAGAAGAGUGCAGAUGCCGACGAUCAAUCUGCAGCUUUCGUCAGCAAGACCGUGGGCGCUCAGGUGGAUGCGCUCCUUGCCAAGUUACCCGACUUGCAGACCAAAGACCAUGUCGAUCAGAUGGCCUUGGAUUUCUGCUUCCUCAACUCGAAGGCGUCGCGCAACAGGCUUAUCAAAGCGGUUUCGGAUGUUCCCAAGGGGCGUAUUGAUCUCUUGCCACUGUACUCCCGUCUGGUCGCCACGCUCGGGCAGUAUAUGCCUGACAUCCCCCAGGGAUUGACUACAUACCUUGAUGAGGAGUUCAGAAGUCUUCAGCGCCGAAAGUCGAAGGAGUUCUUGGGGCAGGUCCGGAUGAGCAAUGUUCGCUAUCUGGCGGAAUUGACGAAGUUCGGUGUUGUUCCGGAGCACAUCAUCUUCCAUUGCUUCAAGGUUUCAUUGGACGAUUUUUCACGGAUGAACAUCGAGAUCAUCGGCCAUCUCCUGGAGAAUUGCGGUCGCUACCUCCUCCGCAACCCGGAGACCUCACCGCGGAUGGCCUCUUUCCUGGAAACGCUGGGAAGGAAGAAAGCGGUGCAGCAUCUUGGCCAACAAGAGCGAAUGAUCAUCGAGAAUGCUGUUUACUACGUCGAUCCGCCACCGCGGCCUGCCAUCCAGCAGAAGGAACGCACGCCCAUCGAAGCUUAUAUCCGUCGGUUGGUGUACCUGGACAUGAACAAGCGCAACUACACCAAGAUCCUGAAGUCGAUCCGCAAGCUUCAUUGGGAAGAGGGCGAGGUGGUCGACAUUCUUGAGAAAGUCUUUAGCAAACCAGUCAAGGUCAAGUAUGGUAACAUCCAUUUGCUCGCGAUCUUGGUCAGCGCUCUUUACCGGUACCACCAGGAGUUUGUGAUCGGCGUUGUGGACAACGUUCUCGAGCAGAUCACCUUGGGUUUGGAGCAGAAUGACUUCAAGUUCAACCAGAAGCGUGUUGCUGAGGUUAAGUACCUUGGAGAACUCUACAACUAUAAAAUGAUCGACUCGCCUGUGAUCUUUGAUACCUUGUAUCGCAUUGUCACCUUUGGCCACGAAGGCGGAACGCCGAUGGCGGGGAAGAUCAACCCGUUGGAUUUACCCGAUGACUUCUUUCGUAUUCGUCUGGUCUGCACGCUGCUCGAUACAUGCGGUCAUUGCUUCGAUCGUGGGUCCGCUAAGAAGAAGCUCGAUUUCUUCCUCACCUUCUUCCAGUACUACAUGCAUACCAAAGAUCCCUUGCCUAUGGACGUUGAGUUCCUUGUUCAAGACACCUACUCGAUGACUCGUCCUCAGUGGAAGCUGGCGGCCGACCUUACCGAAGCCACUCAAGUGUUCGGAGACGCAGUCGCGCAGAAUUACAAGAUGCAGGAUGCUGAGCGGCCUGCGGAAGCCGAGGAGGAGGAUGCGGAAAGCAGCUCUUCUGACGAUGAUUUGGAGGAGGAUGCUAUUCCCGAGGCGGAGGAUGAUCAGGAGUCCAGUGAUGAAGCCGAGGCGUCCGGCGCGAACGCUGAGAACACCGGCGACAGCGAGUCCGAGGAUGAACAGAUCUUCGUCACCCGGCAGGAAGAGGAACGUGACCCGGAGGCGGAGGCCGACUUCGAUCGCGAGUUCGAAAAGAUGAUGUCUGAGAGCAUGGAAUCGAGGAAGUUCGAGCGCAAGGGCGUGUUCGACAUCCCUCUGCCCAUGAAGCGGUCUGGUCGUGAGGCUGCCGCGGAAAGCGUCGCGGAGCCUCCCAAACCUACCACCAACACCGUGGCAUUUUCGCUGAUGACGAAGAAGGGCAACAAGCAACAGACUCGCACUAUCGACUUGCCGUCCGAUUCCAGCUUCGCGGUGGCGAUGAGAAGCCAGCAGCAAGCGGACCGGGAGGAGCAACAGCGGAUCAAGAACCUGGUCUUGAAUUAUGAGAUGACCAACGAAGUCGAUGCCAAUGCCGAAGCUGCGGCCGAGAAACGCUCACCCCAUCGUGAUACCCGCCUCGACAAGUCGGGCAGUAACAGAAUGGCCUUCCGGUCUCGGAAGCUUCAGCUGAGCGACGUGAACUGGUAG